AUGAAAACCCAGAUCCCUUUAUUAGCGGCCUUGGUCGUUGCUCCAUCUCUUGGCUGCACGAUCCUCAACGGACAUAUUGAAAUCCAGUCCGGCUACCAAGGCGACGUCGCGCUCGACGGCGUAACCGAAGUCCACGGCAACAUUUCCACCGUUGAGGAUGGCGCCGAAGGGCUGGGCCUGUUCGAGCUGUACGAUCUCGUAACUAUCGAUGCCAUUCACCUCCAAGGGAUAUCUGGCGAUGUGCACCUCCCGAAUCUUGAGAGCAUUGGCGAUCUUGAGCUCGUCCAGAAGAAGGACAAGGGAGAGGCUGACCUAGGGUCUCUAGUGGAGGCAGAGAACGUGUUGGUCUUGGGCAGCUGGACGAGCACAAACUUCGAGUCGCUGAGAACCGUCGCGAAGGAGAUUCACUUCUGCGGCUCGACGGACUGUGGUAUCUAUCCUGACACUAAAUUCCCGUACAUCGCCGUGGACCUGCCGUCGCUGGAAGAGACGAAUCACUUCGAGGUGGCAGGAACAGUAAACAGUGUCUCCGUCCCAAAUCUGGAAGUAGUCGGAUACGCAGAUCAGUCUGCGAACGACGGCAGCCAGGGACUUCGCAUCAACAUCCAAGAGGGGGGUGAGACGCUUGACUUUGAUGCUCCUAAGAUGCACACCCUGACUGGAACGCUCGAGGUCUACGGGGGCGUCUCUGGACUAUCGAUGGGCGCCCUAGGCGAGACAAACGUUGGCGCCACAAUCAACGCGAGAGCCCCCUUGGAUAUCUAUUCCACUAUUAAAACCGCGAGACAUUUCUACCUCUGGCAAGAGAUACACUCUGUCUAUCUCCCCAAAAUGAAGGACCUGGGACUGGUCGACACCGGCUACACAUCAAAACUCGCCUGCAACGAUACGCUGUACCAACUAUGGGGAGCAGUGGCAGACAAUGAUCGAAAUCCCUGCCAUGGCUAUGAUUUCCCGCAGGACCCUGCGACAGAGGUGAACGGUACAAGUAGUGCGACUCCUAGUGCAACCCCGAGUCCUACCAGUUCAGGCAUCCCAGAAAGUACGAGUCAUGACGGACCUAGCAGUGAUACAAAUGCAAACUCUGACGGCUCCCAGGAUUCUGAAAAUGACACAGAGGAGGGCCCUGGCAAUGGUGCUGGCCGAGUCUUAGCUGCCCCGCUUGCUGCUGGUUUUGUUGUGAUUGGUUUAGGGUUGGGUUUGUUAUAG